UUCUAUAGUGGCCAGAUUUUUGCUCGUUGUCUACUAGUAAUCUGUAAGCAUCCGGGUAAAACAAAACCGGAAAAGCUCGUGACAAUCUAAAAUAAAAAAGCAAAGCAAAAAUCGGCAGCGGAAAGUUGUGAAACUGUGCGCGCUACCCAGCACUACCAUCGUUGGCGUUCCGCGGCGGCGGGGGAAAGAAAAGGGCGUGCUGGGUUCGUCCUGCGAGGAGAGCCUUGAGCCGAUCAGCUGUGUGGCAGCGCGAGUGUUGCAAAGUCGCGGCAGCGCUCGCACGCACGCACACAAGGCACGGGGGCAGUCAGCGACAGCAAUGCAGGCGAGCAGGAGCAGGCAGCGAGCGCGGCCGGCAGACCAGCAAACGUUCGUGUGACGGCCGCCCGCUUGAAACGCGCAGCCAACGAGACGAAGGCGUUUGCUGCGUGGUGGAUGAGCCGCGAGCCGCAUCUGGUGCACAGCACAGCAGCAGCGUCGCCGCCACCGCCGCAAACUUAUCAGCCAUCUAAAUGAUAAACGAGCCGGCGGAAACGUUCCUCUUUGACGGUCUGUUGUUUUCGUUGCCGAUUGGUGGCGAUGGAACGUAUCAUUUCAAAGUGCUGGUGCCGAGCGUGGCGGCCGGCGCCAUUAUUGGGAAGGGCGGUGAGACCAUCGCCCAGCUGCAAAAGGACACGGGGGCGCGUGUUAAAAUGUCAAAGUCACACGACUUUUAUCCUGGGACGACGGAACGAGUGUGUCUGAUAACGGGUAGCGUCGAGGCCAUAAUGUCCGUGAUGGACUUUAUAAUGGAUAAAAUCCGGGAGAAACCUGACCUUAGUAAGCCGCCACUGGCCGAGGGCGAUGGCAAGUUACCGCAGGAUAGGGACAAGCAGGUGAAGAUAUUGGUUCCGAACUCGACGGCCGGUAUGAUUAUCGGCAAGGCUGGUAGUUACAUAAAGCAAAUCAAAGAGGCGAGUGGGUCGUACGUACAAAUCUCGCAAAAAGCCAAAGACGUUAGCCUGCAGGAACGCUGUAUUACUGUGAUAGGUGAAAAAGAGGCGAAUAAAAAAGCGUGCCUGAUGAUACUGGCGAAGGUCGUGGACGAUCCGCAGAGUGGUACCUGCCUGAAUGUGUCCUAUGCGGACGUGAGCGGCCCGGUGGCGAACUACAACCCCACGGGCUCACCCUUCGCUCAACAGAACGCCGGCAGUGCGUUCAACGCGUCGACGGCGAGCCUCAACAGCGGCCUGAGUUCGGUCUCGCAGAGCAUCAUGCUCAAUGGCGGGCUCAAUCUCAGUCUCAAUCUGAACGCGCCCGGACAAAAUGUUAGCUCAAUAACAACUAAUAUUUUAGAAAGCAUUAAGAUUCAAUUAAGAUCGACCGGAUACUCGGAGUCGCAGGUGGUGGAGAUUUGCGCAGCGUUGUCGGUGCUUUCAAAGUACGGCAUCCUAGCUAUGGGGCUGGGCAUUGGCAGCGCUCAUCCCACGAUUUCGAAUUACCUCAGCCUCGCUGAGCAGGCGCCGGCAGGCACUUUUGGCGCCAUCGGCCAGGUUAGCAUCGGGGAUUGCCUCGGCACCACGUCACCUACCCCUCGAUCUGGCCUCGAGCGUUACGACACCUUCGAUCCCUUUCGUCAACAGAGUUCUCCCGCUGUAGCGCCCAUUUCGAUAAACAACAACAGUUUUGGCCUUGGCACCGGCCAGCAGAUGGCUGUUCUGAGCAAGUCACCUACCCCAGCCGAACUCUCCGGCAGCAAGGAUUCCAAAAAUGUGGAAAUUGCCGAGGUCAUCGUUGGAGCCAUUCUAGGACCCGGUGGAAGAUCAUUAGUAGAAAUUCAACAAAUCAGUGGUGCGAACAUCCAAAUUUCGAAAAAGGGCAUCUUUGCGCCCGGGACCAGAAAUCGAAUCGUCACGAUCACGGGUUCACCGAACGCCAUUAACACAGCACAGUACCUCAUUGAACAGCGUAUCUCCGAGGAGGAGAUUAAGAGAGCGCGCACGAACGCGCUCGGUCCACUGCAGUGAUACAAUGGCAAACAACUAGUUCGUCAACAUUUUACAAUUCUCAUCUCACAGGUACAACAAUCCAACUACAUGCGCUAAACACCUCACCAUCGCUAAAGAUAAGUUAAGUUAAGCAAUGAGACGAGAUCGUAGAAUGACAAAUUGUGACGUUACCACAACAACACAUACAUGCAUAUACCUCGAUUAUCGAAAACCAACUAAAUGAAAAACCAAAUCAUUGAAAGGCGCGCGCAAAGCAAACACUUCUGAUGCAAAGAUAAUGAAAACAAAUUUUAUCCAGACACUAUAAAUGGCAUUCUGUGGGAUCAAACAUAGAAGAUUUGAUUCUGUUUGCUGACAAUACUUACGAUUUAAACGAGGAAAGAUGGUAAUUGAAGAAAUAUUACGCUAUUACGAUUACAUUUGAUUAUAAUUAUAUACAAACACGUGCUUUAAUCGUUAGUACACAAUACAUGAGACAUGUUUAAAACGCCAUUAGUGCAAAUGCCAUAUGCGAAACAUCCAGACAAAUGUUGAGAAUCAUUUCAUGAUAAUAAGCGAAGCAAAUGCCCAUUUCGUCCUCACAAAUACUGUUGAAACAGCACGUUGUUGAUUCGAUUUAUAUUUAUACGAGUUCCACAGUCAGAAAACGUUAAGAAACUCAUAUUGCCGACGAAGAACAGAACGCUUACCGUAUCGCUAAAGUUACAACAAUAUCGACCUAUCCACCGAUUAUUAUUAAUAAAUUUUACGUUUGUGCAGAGUCCCCCGUAUCGUCACACAUUAGAAUCGCGCUCGCGAUUUUUACUUCUCAAAGUUUAGGAUCAUUUUUACACAUACUCAUGAAACAUACGGCAAUGUUUGUGUUUCGCGGUUUGAACGUCGUUUUUUACACUUAGAUUACUAUCUCAAAAUUCAUCACAUUUUCCCAACUCUGCACGCCAAGCAUUAUACUAUUUUCUUUUUGUUUGUUUUGUAAAUAUUGUUGUGUAGGUUUUAUGAGAGAAAAAAGAAAAUAUAAUGAAUUAUUUUUUUCCAAUUGGUUUUGUUAGCGUUGUUUAUUUUGUUUUUAAUUGGCGGGUAUAUUAAGAGAAGUUUACGAUCGUGUUAUAUCGACUACCAUUAAUUUCUAUAUAUAUUUAUAUAUAAAACACGUUAUUUUAGUGUCGGAAACUUUAUUUAUUGCUUUACAACUACUGAUUGUACCUGUAACUUAUGAACAAUUGUCGGCCCCGCAAAACAUGAAAAUAUUCAACAACUAGCUGAAGCUGGUAGUACAAUUUAAGUACAAAAGUUAGCGAGUCAUGAUGUUGAGAAUUGCAAACCGGAAGUGACACCGACGAACUGUCGUACAAUAUAUUAAUUUACCUGAAUAUUAUUCCUUCAGAGAAAAUCAUAGAUCAAUAUAAUCUAUAAAAAAAAUUAUAUAUGAAUAUAUAAAAUAUAUAUAUAAAUAUAUAUUAUAUAUGUAAAACUAAAUAUAUAUAUAUAUUGUUGUUAUCGCAUGUUGUUAUAUUGUUAAUGUUUGGAAAUGGCCGGUAACUUUUUGUGAAACUGAAUUAUGUCAGAUGAAUACUAAAGCAGCAGAAGUAUAUACAAUAUGAUUGCUUGCGAUGGUACGCAUUAUUGAGCUCUGUGCUGGUCACGGACGCUGUUUCAUGGAACGUGCAAUUAUUUAUGUCGUCUCCUUCGCGGCGACACUUACGAUUUCAUUGGCGCAACGCUGAUUAUAGAAGUUAUCUUCUUCUUCUGUCGCAUUCCGAUUCAUCUCUAGGUAUAAAUAAAUAACUUUAAUCUAAUGUAAAUCAUUUUAUAAUCAGCCUUGUCGAUGCGUCAAUCAUAGUCACAACACACACUGAAAAAGAAUUCAUAACAUGAUGAUUUAUAUAUAAUAUGAAGCGCCUCCAAACAUUGAUCGAUUCAUUUGACUGAGAUGACAAUUAGAAACGAAAUAUUGCAAACAAGUGAAUAUAUUAUUCGACCUGUCUAAAUGUGCGAAUACAUUUUUCAACUAGGCAUUCAUAGAUCAAUUGUAAUAUUGAGAACGAUGAACGAAAUUUACGUUUCGAGGGAUGUUUACUGAGACGUGUCUGCUUUCCGAUUAAUAACAAGCUUAAACAAAUCUUUAUAGACUAAAUUCUAAAAUUCACUCUUUUUCGAAAGUCUGUCUUGAUCACUUUUUGUAACAGUCAUUCAUAGCAUUAAAAUUAGAACAUACAGAACAUUAAAAUAUUUAAUAUUGCUGUGAUAACAAUUUAUUAUGUGUUUGUGUGGGUGUUUCAUUGCAUACUUAACUCUGCAGGACAAAACCUAUGAAGAUUGGUUUUAUUUUGCUUGAAACUAUGAGAAUAAAAACAAAGAGUUGUGAAUUUUGCUUGGGAAACACUCACCAGUCACCACACCAGGGUGUAAUAAUUUCCAAACGCAAGUGACUUUUUCAUUCAACAGAAAUCUUUAAAUAGUCAAAAUAAUUUAGACGGCAGACGAUGAGAAUGAUGAUUAUAUUCUAGUUACAAGUGAAACUUUUCAGAUAUAUAUAUUGAUAAGGAUUAUAGACAAAAUGUUAUUAACGCACCACUUUAAUAAAAUACCUAUUACAUUGACAUGGAAAUUGUUGAUUAAAUAAAUCGAUAAAUUUAAAUCACAUUGGCGAAUAUUACACGUUUAAACAUAAAAUUACAUAUAGAACGAUAUGAUGAAGAAAAAAAAAACUGUUUUAAUACUAACAUUCGAUUAUUACUAUUUAACUAUAUUAUUAUUCUACUUUAGAUAGACCAUAAGCGAUUAACUAAUUACGAAAUGGAAAUGAGUCAUUCUAGUUAUGAUUUGUAUAUUUUUGCGACUUUACGUUACGAUUUUAUUUUUGAUAGCACAUGUUAUUGUUCGCGUACUGUAUAUUUAGCGUGUUUUAUAUUAAUUGGUUGAGUAGAAUGGAUGCGAGUCGAUUGUUUGAGAGUGUUUCGUUCAAAUUUUUGUGUAUUUUGAGCCAUUUCAUGCGAGAGGAAAGGAGGAGCACUUCGAACGGUCCUACAAAAUAGAUGUAUAUUCAUUGCGACGGAUUCAAACACUAAAUUAAUAACGACGAGAUAGAGAAAUUGACUUACGUUGGACGCAAAAACUAUGAAUAACAAUGAAAGAAAAAAACAUUCACGUUUCUAAAUAGACGAACAGUUGAUGAUAGCUGAAACUAAGUAACAUUAACUACGAGAAUAUAUUAUUAAUAUGUAACGAUAGAUUAUAUUUAGAUUUUAAAAAGUGGGAAUGGUGAAACAACCUUAUAGAGCAGGGAUUUAUAAAUAUUCAAGGAAUUACUAAUAUGUUUAUAAAAUAAGAGGAAACUAUAUAUGCGAAUUUUGUGUAUAAUAAAAGGUCCGAUAGGAGGAAAAACUGCGAUAAGUUACCAUUGUGUUGCGUGUUCAAAUAUUUAAGAUGAAAUCUAUUCAUGAUAAAUGAGUAUAAAACGUGGCUAAGAGCACUUUGUUAUUACGAAUAGAAGAAAAAAAACAUUAACUAUGUUAAUUAUAUUAGAUAUUAUAUAAAUGAUAUAAGAUACCUACCAUACUUUAUUGUGAUUGUGUCUGAAAAACUUGAUGAGCACUCUUGGAUUCUUGGGCGGAGAGGGUUGCACAAACGAAACAACUUCGGAUUGGCAUUGUCAUUCGCAGACCUCAUUUCUUUUUGCUGCAAAACACAUUUACUGAUUACUGCUUUCGAUUGACGUUUGAGGAAUGCUCUGCCGAAGAAGAUUCAGACGAGUUUUGGAUAGUGAUUUCGAUCGUAAUCUUAGCGUAAUUUUGUUUACGACUCUUGCGUUUCGACCGUAGCGUACGCUAAAUGGUGGCAGGUGAUUACCGACCUGCAUAUACAUCAAAUAUAUAAAUAUAUAUUGUUAUGACAAAUAUUGUACCAUUGUUUGUAGAUCACUAAAAAAUUCACUGCAUUGUCAAACACAUUAUAUUCAAUAAAAAUCCAUAGUGCCAUAUCUCUUUGUAUUUGUUCAUUUCGCAAGCAAAAAAAAAGCAACGCUCGAACUCUGCAUUUCUCAUUUGCUUUACAUCUGCUCCAUACAUCCUACAAACAAUCGUUACAAGUACUGCAAAUAUUGUGAUAAUGUAAAACUAGUGACUUUUGUUGAUUACACACGACCUCGAUGAUCACGAUGAGAUAUUUAUUAUGUAGUUGUAAUUGCGAAUUAAUUAAUACUUUUCUUCCGUCCAUGUUUAUUAACUCUACUCGAUAUUGUGUUAAUUAUGAUCAUAAUUGAUUGUUACAUUUUGCUAUAAGUACAAGUGCGAUUCUAAAUUACGUGUAAGAAUAUUCUGAAUGUUAUUAUUGUUGAUUUACUGAUUUAUUUUUUUGUAUUAUACUUACUUACAAUGGUUGAAUGAAUAAAAUGAAAUUCUUCAA